AUGCCCGCUGUCCUAGAAGGUUGGCCUAGCAUUCUGGAUAAAGUUCCGGCUGAGGUCAAGCCAUACUGUGACUUUCAGUUUCAAGAUGAAAUCACAGCCCAAAAUGGUUUGCUGUUUAAGAGUGAGUGCCUCAUUGUACUAGCCAAGUUAAGGAAAGAAAUGAUGGAAAAGGUCCAUCUUGGUAUUGAGGGCUGCCUUCGACGAGCCAGAGAAGUGUUUUACAAGCCGUGCAUGAAUGUUGAGCUUAAAGAUUUCAUUCUCAAAUGUGAUAUCUGUAGUUCGUAUAAGCAAGCUCUGCAUCGAGAACUACUAAUGCCCCAUGAAAUCCCAUCAAGGCCUUGGAAAAAGGUCGGUGCAGAUUUGUUCCCGUUUGACCAGCGCCACUACCUGAUUACUGUGGAUUGUUACUCUUCUUUCUUUGAGGUGGACACGACAGCUUCCAGAACUGUUAUUGAGAAAUUGAAAAUGCAGUUUAGCCGCCAUGGUAUCCCGGAGAUAGUUAUUUCUGACAAUGGACCACAAUGUACUUCUGCAGAGUUUGCAAAGUUUCCAGGUGACUGGCUCUUUCAACAUAUUACUACCUCUCCUCGAAAUCCGCGAAGUAACGGAAAGGUUAAAGGUGCUGUGAAAAUCAGGCAGCGCAUGGAAAGUUUGACCCAUAUCUUGCCUACUUGA